CCGACCUACUACGGAACAGGUAUGGAUAUCGAGAUACCCGGCCCGGACUUGCCAGUUGCCACAUUGUCAUUCCUAUUUGGGACUUCUUUUGAAGAAGUAAUUUUCAUCAUUAACAAAAACAAAGCAAGCAUACGCUUCUUCUCUCCUCUCGGCGCUAUCUCUCCCAAGAAACAAUCCUCCCUCUGCCUUUUUUGUUUCCUUUCGUUCCUUCAUUCGAAAUAAAAAAAUCAAAACUGAACCACCAUUUCAUUUCCCUUGGUUCUAAUUUAACUGCCACCGCGCUUGAGCAAGAGCGAGGGAGAGAGAGGGAAGCGAGCGAGCGAGCGAGAAGAAAAAUGGACGACUACACGAGAGAGAUGAUGGACCUCAAGACCCUCGUCACUCGAACACUCGAGAAGAAAGGUGUUCUCGCUAAGAUCCGGGCGGAACUCAGAGCAAGUGUCUUUGAAGCAAUUGAGGAGGAGGAUAGGGUAGUUGAAAAUGAAGAAGGCUUGCCACCUGCAUUGCUGGGUAGCUGCAAUGACCGCGCUAAACAACUUCACGCUUCCCCAUCAGGGAGGCUAUUAACUGCACUAAUGUGCGAGUACUUGGACUGGGCUGAACUAAAUCACACACUUAAAGUGUAUUUACCUGAGUGCAACUUGCAAAAGGAUGCAUGGAAAGCAGAAUUAAAAGAAUUCAGUAGCAAGAAUGGGUACGAUCUCAACAGGAAUGGAGAUAGCGGUCCUUUGCUUCUCGAUGUACUCGAAGGAUUCUUGAAGUACGAGAAUCUAACUCAAGGUAGGGGAUCUGGAAGGAGAGUGUCGGAAAAUGAGUCUUUAUCUAACUUAGAUUCAAGGAAUGUGCGGAGGCCCUCUUCAUCAUCGGUUGCUGGUGGGAUACCUCCGUUAGGAAGGCCAGGUGCAUCAUCGUCAUCUGACAGGAGAGCAGGGUCUUCUAUGAGCGGUGGUUACAGAAAAGAUGACUACAACUGGAGGUAUGAUGGUGAUGAGAUCCCCGAGGAAGUAAAUCGAGCUUCAGCUGCACUUGAAAACCUUCAGUUGGACAGGAAAGCUCGUAAUCUAACAUCAUCCUGGCGGUCUGCUGGGGAUGGGAUGAGCGACGAUGAUGGAAGGGCCGAUCAUAUCUAAGCCUGAAAAAUUGACAUUUCUUCUUUUGCUUGUGUAGUGUAGUGUGUAUUUUGUGUUGUUGAAUCCAUGCAUUGUGUUUAACGAUUGCUCAGAAAGCAAGAAACUAAGAAGAGGGAAAGAUACUGGGUAGUGCUAUUUGUAUGAUUUCCCCCUCUUCAUUCUGGCCUUUUUUCCCUAGUAUUCCACACGAGCAUUCUUGUUAUCUCUUCUCGUCUCCCUCUUCCUGGUUUCUGUGCAACUAUUUGUCGAGUUUCUCUUGCAGUGCGUCUAACAUUGUUCGUCGGAUAGUAAUAUAUUUACAAUGAAAGU